AUGUUUAGAUACAUCUUUGCCGUUUUAUUAUUGAUUGUAGCUGUUGCUAAUGCUACAGUCGAUCUCGAAGCUCUUUAUCGUGCUGCCAAUAUUACCAUUCCAGCUUCUCAAUGUGCUUCUGCUGCUUCAAAGGCUGGUCACUAUGCUUCAUGUGGAUGCCCAUACGUUUGGGGAGGUACUAGUUGUGGAUGUGGUGGUAGUGGAGGUAUGGACUGUUCAGGUCUUGUAUACACCUCUUACAGAGAAGCUGGUUACACUGGUAUCCAAAGAACCACCUUUGAACAAAUCAACCAAGGUUCAUCCUGUGGCUCUUGCUCACCAUCCAACUUGGGUUCCUGCAAGGUUGGUGCCUUGUUCUUCUACUGUUUCUCUCAACCAUGUCCAGAUCAUGUCGUCAUGUACUUGGGUGGUGGCAAGGCUGCCGAAUGUCCAGAACCAGGUCAAGAUUGUCAUAUCAUUACUCCAUACUCUGAGUCAUACUAUGCUUGCAGAACUUUAUGUUAA